AUGAUGAAGGAUGCCUCUCCAAUGAUGAAAAUGAUGCUAACGUCAAUAGUUUGGAUUCUUUGCACUUGGUAGGCCACAAAGAUGAAGAGGACAAUGAGGAUACUCCUAUUGAACCUGGUACUGAAGAUCCCGAACUGAAGGAGGAUGAGGAGGACGAUGAGGAUAGUCCAAGUGAAGGUGAUACUGAAGAUCCUGAACUGCUGAAGCGCUUAAACAAGCAAAGACGCCAUGCAAUAAAAGCAGCACAGGGAGGAUCGAAGAAGGCGGUUUUCUCAAGAAAUUCAUACAAGGACAAGGGUCAUAAAAAAUCUCAAAGCUCCAAAGUCCUGAAGAAGCAAAUGGCGGAUUGGUGAUGAUGGAAAAAUUCUGAAGAAACAUGAACAAUUUCUGAAGUUAUGGACUGAACGAUGGACCCGUGCAUAUUCAACUCGGCCAAGAUACAACUCUUUCAGAGAUAUCAGGCAAGUAAAGAAAGUGUUGCAGUUUAAAAAGGUUUCUGAAUUCCUAUACAACUAGAACUAGGGGUUUCCUAGCUAAUUCAUGCAUAAACACAUAGUUCCUUUUUCAUACAUAUAUACAUACUAUGGUGCAAUGUCCAUCCAAACACCUUGUAUCCUCAAAAUGGUGCAUUUUUUUGUUUUUUCUUCCGAGGAUACUAACAUAGCUGGUGCAAUGUUUGAAUCUGACUCGUAAUCUGACUGGUGCAAUGUCUGAAUCUGACUCAACAUAUGAUUUGCGAUCAUUUGUUUUUUCUGGAGGUCCAAUUUAGCUCAUAAUCUGGCUCGUUCAACAUAUGUACACAAGUAACACAACAGCUAAUGAGCUAAACAUUCGAGUCAGAUACACUGAGUCAGAUUCAGAAAUAACGAGUCAUAUUCAGAUGAGUCGGCUAAGAACAAAAAUAUGCACGGUCGGGAAAUCAUUAAUUAAACCUGUAAUUAAAAGGUACUUAUUUUAAAUGAGAUAGAUCGUUAAAUUAGCAGUUGGAGUAAAGAGAGAAGCCAUAAAUUUUAAACUCUCUGCACUUCACUCCCCCUCUCAGUCUCAUCAGUCAUCACUCUCUCCAUAGCUGCUUCAUCUUCUCAUCCAAAGCUGCUCAGGCCUUCAUUUCGUCCUACUCAAAUUAUGGAUAAUGGGGAUGUGGACAAAAGAAUUCGUCCUUUAGAUCUGGGGAUGUUACCUCCUUGGGAGAUCACUGUUACCCUUGCUGAUGGUGGGAAGCAAAAUAUCAAAAUCCCGUACUCGGAGGGUACCCAUGCUGUUGGUCUCCCCCUUGGUUCGGAUGUUCCUAAUGUGAUUGCAUCCAACUACAAAACCUUGCUGUGUAUGGUAAACGGCAUGACUUCCAUUAUAUCUAAUCCAACUCUAAAGUUAGAACAACAACAGAAAGUUGCUGCUUGCCAUUUGGACAAUUUGAAUCGCUUCCGCUUUGAGGAGUUGACAUGCACAGUAGGUGCUGGUAUGGCAGUUCCUCAGGCUCCUGUUUCUCCAUCCAAAAAGAGGAAGCUGAGUACGGAGGUUUCUGGCCCUUGUGAUACACAGGAAGUUUGUCUUGAGAAACCUGAGCACCUGCCUCCACCAACAUCCAAUGAUAAGCCAACCAUCCCUGCUCUUCUGGUCCAAGAAUCUAUGAUAGAAGAGAAUAUAGAUGAGUCAGAUGACUUGACCCUUACCAGAGUCAAGCGUUUGCGAGGCGAAAAUGUUUCUACAAUUGCAUCACUUACUUGUUCUGAUGCGCACACUGAGAAGGUUGAAUUCAAUGGAGGGGUUGCCAGUUGGGAACCCUUUUGAUGCUACGAUGACCUCUACCUCCACCAAUUGCCAGACUGUUGACUUCACAGCAUUACCUAUUUCGAUUUCUAUAGAUGACUUACCCCUUUCUAGUAUGAAGCACUCUGGGAGCGAAGAUUCGGAUUCAGGGGCACUUGUUGUUUGGGAACAUGUAGAUGCUACAAUGACUUCUACCCCCGCCAAGUGCCAGACUGUUAACUGCACAGCAUUAACUAAUUCGACUCCUGCUGAUAACACUCUUCCUCUCAUACUGUCAACAAGUGUUUCUAGUCGGGCGGGAGAUGAAUGGUUUGAAUAUGUGGACAAUUUCAGGAUCCCAAAAGUAUAUGCAGAUUUGUAUAAGAAGAUCUAUAGCAAGCAUGGGCAUAUGGCGACUAAAAAGGUCAUCAGGUCCAAUGAUGACAUACUACUUGUAUGUGUUACUAGCUUGCUGAAGAUUGUCUCUGCCAUGGAAAGUGUAAGGGGCGUGGAUUUGAGUGUAGCGCUGCUAGAAAGCUGGGAAGGAGGCAUUGGAGAUGCUGAGACCUUGCAAUUUAACAUUAAGUGGCUCCGUGGGAUAUUCAAUAAACUUAAGAAGUCUUGGAAGUUGUCUUUCAUGAUAGAUAAAGAAGUUGAAAGCCGUGAACAAGUCUUGGAGGCAACACAGGUGGAGUAUGCUGGCCUUCGUUCAAGAAAAGACGAACUUGAGACGGAACUUCUGGAGGUGACAAUGAAAAUCAGGGAAUUUGAAGGUAAGAUUUCAUCUGAACGCGACGCUAAGAUGGCAGAGAAGAACAUAUUUCUGUUUGAGCCUGUUCUGGGGAAUUUGUUUAAUCUAGAGCUUACAAAUUGAUUGCAGAUGUCCAUCCUAUGUUGUUAAACCCGGUCAGGGAUCGAAACUCGUCUAUACAGUAACCUAUAUUAUGUAUUUAGUGUUUCUGCUAUGCUAUGAAACAUGGAUUCUUCUUGUUA